CUUUUCCUUCAGACCUUCCCCCUCAACCCCUUCGAGACCGACAGGCACGGCCCAGGGGCGGGUGGCAUGACCUUGGUUCAUCCUCGGCCGCGGAGACGCGGCGUGACCUUGACCAAGUCCCCGCUUCCCCAUCCGCUGACUGGCGAGGCUGGACCACUGGGUCUCCGCUCCGGCCGCUAGGCGUCCUGCGCGGGUACCCUAUCUCCCCCGGCUUCUUCCGCGCGGCCCCCCCAGUUCUACGCCUACGCUGGCGGCGUAGCGGCCGCCUGGAGUCGCGCGGCCAGCUCCUUUCAGACGCUGGUUUCCGCCGCGCGGAUUGGGAGGGCGCGAUUCCCGAACGCGGCCUGCGCUGCGAGCGCGCGGUCGUCCCGCAGGCCGGUGCGGCCUUACGCCGCUGACGCAUCGCGCCCAAGAUGGCGGCGCGGUCGUCGUCGGGGGUGGCGGUGGCAGAGGGGGCGGCGGCCCUGGCGGCAGCGGAGACGGUAGCCGUGACGGUGGCAGCGGCGGCGCGGGACCUGGGCCGGGGGGAAUGAGGCGGCCGCGGCAGGCCAGCGGCGGAGCCGUGUAGCGGACAAGCUCCCCCUCCCUGCUUCCCUUGGCCGAGCCGGGGGCGCGCGCGCACGCGGCCGUCCAGAGCGGGCUCCCCACCCCUCGACUCCCGCGACCCGCACCGCACCCCCACCCGGGCCCAGAGGAUGAUGAAGCUCAAGUCGAACCAGACCCGCACCUACGACGGCGACGGCUACAAGAAGCGGGCCGCAUGCCUGUGUUUCCGCAGCGAGAGCGAGGAGGAGGUGCUACUUGUGAGCAGUAGUCGCCAUCCAGACAGAUGGAUUGUCCCUGGAGGAGGCAUGGAGCCUGAGGAGGAGCCAAGUGUGGCAGCAGUUCGUGAAGUCUGUGAGGAGGCUGGAGUAAAAGGGACAUUGGGAAGAUUAGUUGGAAUUUUUGAGAACCAGGAGAGGAAGCACAGGACGUAUGUCUAUGUGCUCAUUGUCACUGAAGUGCUGGAAGACUGGGAAGACUCAGUUAACAUUGGAAGGAAGAGGGAAUGGUUUAAAAUAGAAGAUGCCGUAAAAGUGCUGCAGUAUCACAAACCCGUGCAGGCAUCAUAUUUUGAAACAUUGAGGCAAGGCUACUCAGCCAACAAUGGCACCCCAGUCGUGGCCACCACAUACUCGGUUUCUGCUCAGAGCUCGAUGUCAGGCAUCAGAUGACUGAAGACUUCCUGUAAGAGAAAUGGAAAUUGGAAACUAGACUGAAAUGCAGAUCUUCCCUCUCACCCUGGCUCUUUCCACUUCUCCUCACAGGCCUCUUCUUUCAAAUAAGGCAUGGUGGGCAGCAAAGAAAGGGUGUAUUGAUAAUGUUGCUGUUUGGUGUUCAGUGAUGGGGCUUUUUCUUCUCUUUUUAUUGUGGGGUGGGGGUUGGGUGUGUAAUUUGUAAGUACUUUUGUGCAUGAUCUGUCCCUCCCUCUUCCUACCCCUGCAGUCCUCUGAAGAGAGGCCAACAGUCUUCCCCUGCCUUGGAUUCUGAAGUGUUCCUGUUUGUCUUAUCCUAGCCCUGGCCAGACGUUUUCUUUGAUUUUUAAUUUUUUUUUAUUAAAAGAUACCAGUAUAAGAUGAAAUCUUUCAAGAAUUUGUCCUAUAAUAUGCUGUACAGUUCAGUAGAGUGGUCACUUCCACUGCAGGAUACAUUUAUCUACACAUUAUAUAUCGGACAUAUAAUAUGUAAAUAAAUGACUUGUAGAAAGAGAAAUUUGUUUAAUUUUUCAAGAUUUUUUUCUCUUUUAAUUUGGGCAUUUCUAGAAUUGAGAGCCUCACAAUUAAUAUACCUUUUCGUUUUUGAUGCUAGUGGCUGGGCAGGUUGCCCUGUCCUCUCUCUAUUUCCCAGUCGUUGACUGUAGGUAUGGGAAGUGUUUAGCUACCUUCAUAGUGCUCCCAGGACUCAUGGCCUUUCCUUCUUUAAGCUGUAUUUCCAUACCAAGAAAGAAACAGGAAGAAACCUUUAUUUUAUUAUUAUUUUUUUAACCAAGCUAGGAACAAAUGUCUCAGCCCAGAUCUGUAAAAACAAUGAUAGAAAUUGAAUUCUGCCCCACGUGUUGACAGUAGGGUUUGAACUGGAUUCUUGGGAUUGCUUAUCUAAAAAACUGGAGCAUCAGGUACCAUUUCUGUCCUGCUGGUUUGGAAUCUUUUCCGUAAUGCUACUUAUUACCGACAACGACCUCUCUUUGUGUCCGUAUAUGCCUUACACCGUGCUGACCUGGAUAUUGUCCUUGUGCUCUGAAGCAUCCAACUGUACUUUGCAGGUGCAUCAAUGUAGUCCCGUCCCCGAACUGGGUAACCGUGUUCCUGAAAAGUACACUGGGGAAAUUCACCUGCUUGCUUGUCUUUGUAAUGGCACGGCACUUGUGAUUGCACCAUGAAGCAUGCUCAGAGCUAUUAAACUGGUCUCCCGUCUCCCACCAGGAUAUGAAAGGUCCAUAUGGGAAGCCACGUAAUCACUUAUUACAGUGGUUACAUAAUACACUGGCUCACGGCAGACUCUUGUUGUUUUUUGAUACAGGUUUCGUGCUGGCUUCAUUUGCCAAUUGUGUUGUUUAGUUCGGAAGUAAGAGGGUCUUGAGAUUGAGGGAUAGGGAGGAGUACACUGACUGAUCCCUGGCUUAGAACAAGAGAUUAUCUCUGUACCCCAGUGUCAUCUCCUUAGCCAAGAUGUGAAAUUAAAAUCGUAGUUCUCCUUAUUUAAAAAUUCUAAUAAAGCACUCAAACUUUGAAAAACUUUUACUUUUCCCUCCUACUAAAAGAAAUGUAUGUACCUCAUAGGCCUGUGUCAUUUAGUGUUCAGCACUUUUGGGAACAUCAGUUGGUGAACUUUAAAUUUUGUUGUCUACUCACCAGGCAUGGUGGCUCACACCUGUAAUCCCAGCACUUUGGGAGGCCAAGGCAGGCGGAUCAUCUGAGGUCAGAGGCUUGAGACCAGCUUGGCCAACAUGGUGAAACCCCUGUCUCUACUAAAAAUACAAAAAUUAACUGGGCGUGGUGGGUGCCUACAAUCCUAGCUACUUGUGAGACUGAGGUGAGAUAAUCGCUUGAACCCGGGAGGCAGAGGUUGCAGUGAGCCGAGAUUGCACCACUGUCGUCCUGCCUGGGCAACAAGAGUGAAACUCCAUCUCAAAAAAGAAAAAAAAAAAUUGCUGUGUACUCUUAGUUUACAUCCUCUCUCCCAAUCUUGAAACACAGAGCCAAAGAGCAGUUGUAUUCUUGGGAUACCAUGAUACCUCUGGGAAAGGAAUUAUAUCCCCAAGGAGAGGUCCCAUUGGAGAAGAACAACGCUGUGGAACUUGAGUCUGAAUGCCAACUUCCUAUUCACAUAUCCUUCUUAAAAACGAACACACUGUUUCUUAUCCUGACCUAGAGCAUUCUAAAGUUCUGUUCAAAUAAAGAGCAAAAUAAAGUAGAUUUAACCAAGUACUAAGUGGAAUUCAAGAAACACAUUCUUCCAGAUAAAUACUACCUUUAUGGUAUGGAUGUAAAAGUCCUUUGCAGGAAAACAGUCAAUACUCUUUAGAAAAAGGAACUGCAGGGCCGGGCAUAGUGGUUCACACCUGUAAUCCCAGCACUUUGGGAGGCCAAGGCAGGUGGGUCACUUGAGGACAGGAGUUUGAGACCAGCCUGGCCAACAUGGCAAAACCCUGUCUCUACUCAAAUACAAAAAUUAGCUGGACGUGAUGGUGCACGCCUGUAAUCCCAGCUACUUGGGAGGCUGAGGCAUGAGAAUCACUUAAACCUUCCUGGGAGGCGGAGGUUGCAGUGAGUCAAGAUCACGCCACUGCACUCCAGCCUAGGUGACAGAUCGAGACUCUGUCUCAAUAAAUAAAUUAGAAAAUAAAACAGACCUGCAGUGCUAACAGUAAUGUAUACAUUUGUUAAUGGUCUGAGUGUGUUUUGACUGGGCUAGUGUAAUAAUAUACUACCCUGAAAGGGCAGUUUUGAUUGUUGUUGGUGUCUUUGGGUCAGGAAAGUGAACUGUGCCAACAAGUAUUUUUCAGUGACAUGAAUGGAUUCCUGUUAAUGCAAUUAACUGAGACACUGUGCUUAUGCUUUCUUAACUGACAAAAAGAGGCUUUGUCCAACAUCAGAAUUGUUGAAACUGGUGCUGUUUUCUGUUGCACUGGGAUUCUGAUGAUCUGGGAUUUUCCCUCCCUGGCACUGUAAACACCAUGGCCGUCUUUACUGAGAAUAUCAUCACAGUCCUUUAGUGAUACAUUAGUUAGACCCAUGGUUGCAAUACCUUUAUCUCCCCAAAGAAAAGAAUCAAAAGAAAGUACAAAAACUACCCUGUUUGCAGAAUAUUUCAUUGACAUUGAUUUGUCAUUAAUUCUACCAGUGCUGACCUCAUUCAGACUUGGUAGAAACAGAUUCCUAUGUUUAGGGCAGAUCCCUAGCCUCUUGCUCACAGUGAAUUUGCAUGUCCUAGAUUCUGGUUAUUGCUAGAGCAUCCAUUAAAGUCUACCAAACUGAGGACAGAAAAAGAUAGCAGUGGAUUUUUAAAAAUUUUUAGUUUAUAAAUGACAAUCAUUGGGGAAACACUAGUAAGGUCAUGUGGUCUUUUGGACCAGGAUUUUCUCCUCUCUUCUGUGUGUGUGUGUGUGUGUGUGUGUGUGUGUGUACGUGUGUGUGUGUGUGUGUACAGAAGGACUACCAGGAGGUGUCAACCAUGUUAGAUUUUCUGUAGCCUUCCAGAAACAGUGCAGCCCAUGAAACAGGAAUCUUAAUUUUCCUCAUUGCACAUAUAACAGGAUGGAACAGUUAGUGAAUUGACUGUUUUGUUUUUGCAAGUGUCCACCACUCCAUCCGCCCUGCAUGGAGAGGGCUCUCUCACUGCUAGGUCUAGGCUGAGCCAUCUGGAAGGAUCAAAGGGUGUGGGAGUAUCACUGCCUCUCAGGCUGCAGAAGGUCUCGAGGGUGGUGUCACAGCAGGAUUUCCGCCUUCUGCAUUGCGCUGCACAGCCCCAUGGAACGUGAGGCACUUGAGGCCUUGCUUCUUGCAGCCUCUGGGGAACAGAGUAGGUCACUGCCCUCUGGGAGUGUUUUGCAGUAGUUUUGUAAAUGUGUUGCUACAUAGUCAAGUUCCUUUGUGGCAAAGAAAUAUUUUGUUUUGAUAUUAGGAGCCAGCCCAUGUAUUGUCUCUCAGGCUUGCUUGCUUAGAAGAAAAAAGUCACCCUCUGUGGUUUUUAAAAGAAGAAAAAAAUUCUGUGCCAAUCCGUUCCUCCCCCUGCUCCUUCCCUUUUCUUUACAUACAGUGCUCAUUGGGGGCUCCUGCUAAACCUUCUUAACCAGAGAAGUAAUAGGUACUUGUUAGACCUGAGUGUACGUUUCACGUUAUCCUUCACCUAUUUCUCAUUUCAUCUAGUACUUUCUUAAUGCCUUUGUUGGAGUCCCCAUCCUCAUCUUUAAAAAAAAAAAAA